GAAUUUCGCGGGAGGGCGGUUGGGGCUUGGGGGAAAAAAGAAAAAAAACCCAAAAACUAAACCACCGAAGCGAAAAGAAAGCACCGAGCGGGGGUCGGGCGGGCGCGGGGAGGCCCCGACCCCGCCAGGGGUCAUCCUGGGGGCUAGGAGCGCCUCCAUUUUCCCCCGCCCGGGUUUUGGUGGUGCAGCAGCCACGCCUCUUCUCUGCAGUUUGCUGUUUGCAUGGGGGGGGGUGCGGUGGUCCGGAGAGCGGCCGGUGUCAGAGUCCGGCAGGCUCCCCCCAGCCCCUUUCCCUGAUCCCCGAAAAUGCCACAGCUGAGAUUGUGACACUGCCCUUCCUCUCCUGCUGUAAAAUCGCGGGGUGCGUCUAUCCUCCCGCCCCCCGGCUACUCGGAAAGGACUUUGCAAUGCUGCGGCUCCCCAACGGAGUGUCCCCCGCCCCCGGGAGAGGGGGCACCGCCCUCCCGCACCCCCCUCCUCCCCAUCACCCGAAGAAGGUCGUGUCGGUGAUGGGCUCCGUGGAGCUGGGGGCUUCCAGCCUCGGUAGCCUCCCUUUAUCCGCUGGCUGCUUCACCCAGACCUGUGCACAGGCGGCUGUCAGCGUCCCCCCUCCCAGGGGUGGGGGUCUUUAUGCCACCCCUCAGGGAGCCCAGCUCCGGAUUCUCCGCUCGGCCUCGGCGGGACGACUGCCGGCCAAGAGGAAGCUGGACCUGGAGGCCCCUGAGUUCCGCACGCCCAAGGGGAAGGGCAGGACGCUGGUGCAGGUCCCCAGCCCCAGGACCCCCAGGUCCCCCGGGGAGAGAACUCGCUACGACACGUCCCUGGGGCUGCUCACCAAGAAGUUCCUGCGCCUGCUGAGUGACUCCCCCGACGGUGUGGUGGACCUAAACCGUGCGGCCGAGGAGCUGGAGGUGCAGAAGCGACGCAUCUAUGACAUCACCAACGUGCUGGAGGGCAUCCAGCUGAUCCGCAAGAAGUCCAAGAACCACAUCCAGUGGAUGGGGACAGGCAUGUUCGAGGAUGCAUCAGUGGCGGCCAAGCAGCAGGCACUGCAGGGAGGAGCGGUGCUGGCACAGCUGGCCAGGGGUGAAAGGAGUCUGGACCAGCUCCUGCAGGACACCACCCGGCAGCUCCGGCAGCUGUUUGACGAGGAAGCCAACCAGAGGCUGGCAUAUGUCACCUACCAGGACCUCUGUGCCAUCGACCACAUUAGGAGCAGAACACUGAUCGCUGUGAAGGCUCCUCCAGAGACACAGCUGGAGGUGCCCGAUUUUAGCCAGGACAACUUCCAGCUCUACCUGAAGAGCACCAAUGGCCCCAUCGAGGUAUACCUCUGCCCAGAGGAGAUCGCAGAGGAGAGCCCCACCAAGGAUCACGGUGGCCCCUCCACUGCCACCCCACUACAGGACCAUGCCUUGCCCCAUUCCCCACCAAAUAGCCUUGGUGCAGCCCCAGAAACACUCCACAGCACCCCCCCGAGUUGGGGGGCCCCAGGAACCCCCUCCUCUCCCUCCUCUCUGCCUCUCACCAUCCUGGGGGUGCCCACCUCGCUGCUGGUGAUGGAAGCUGAGUUCCUGGGCUCACCCCAGGAACUCCUGCAGCAGACAGAGGACCAGCUGCUCUGCACCCCCCUGCACCUGGACUCAGGCCCCUUUGUCACCUUCUCGCCCCCCCUGGAGCAGGAUGACUACCUCUGGGGGCUGGAGGGUGAAGGCAUCAGUGACCUCUUUGAGGCAUAUGAUCUUGGGGACCUACUGAAUGCCUGAGCCCCCCACCAGUGCCAUUGUCCCCUCCAGUCACUCAUGUCCUGAGCACGUGGGGGCUCAGCAGGGCGGCCGGAGAGUGUGAGGUGGACUGGGGAGUGUUGGGUUUUCUGGGAGGGGGUGGUGGGCUUGUGUUGGCCACCCUGGGUGGCUUCUCCUUGCUCUCCUGCAUUGGCUGUCACCUGAGGGCUGAGUUUGUCACCUUGCUGGGCUCUGGCAGUGUCCCAUGGAGGUGUAAACAUGUGGGAAGGAUCCAUUCAAGUCCAGUCCCUGCACUGGCCAUAAAACCGAGGGUUGUUCCUCACCAUAACCACCCAUCUCUCCCACGCUGUGGCUUCUGGGUGGACUGGGGGUGCCUUUGGGUGCAUGCAGUGGGUUAGGGGCACCCUUGGGUGGCAGAGAAAUUCCUGCCCAGUGUGGGAUAUUUUGGGGGUGUGUCAUGUUUUGGGAGCACUCCAGUUGCUCCCUGUUUGGAUUUGGUUCUUUGGGUCACAUUGGGUGGUUGUGAGUGGUGUUUGCCCUCGAUGUUGAUGUCACCUUUGGGUGAUGAAUUUGAAGCUCAUGUGUGGACACUGCACUUGUAGCCUCCAAAGUCCAUGGCUCCAGCAAGUCCCUGGUCAGGAUGUGGAGCCAUGUUUCCUGAGACGGAGCUGUGACACCUCUUCCCCAGUCCCUGCUAGCUCCUUCCAGCCACUUGAAGCUACUGGUGCUGGAGGUACCAACACUGGAGUGUACUGGAGUGUGGAGGGAUGGGAAGAGAGGGGCAGGGGAAGUGGUGUGGGAUGAGCCCCUGGACAUGGAGGGCGUUGAAUUUGCCGAGUUGUGCCAUUGCUCAAUAUGUGAUUAAUGCACUCUAUUUAUAGGAGACUGCCCCCUCAGCAUGGCGCUGAGGUGGGGAGUUUGGGGUUGAGACGAGUCUAUUUAAGUUGUCCUGCCUCGAGGUGGUUCUCCUGGGGGGUGGCCUGGGCCAGAGUGGGGUUUGCUGUUCGUUGAGGUUUUUUUUUGUUUUGGCAUGGUGAAACUUGUGGUAUUUGAUGUUUUCUGCCUGGAGAGGGUGGAAUUGAAUAAAAGUUUGGAGUUUUGA